CCCCCUCCUCUUCAUCCGCCCACUGUUAGAGCCGCUGGACGUCCGGUGUUGAUGGUGGCAGCGGCGGCGGCUUAAACAGCAGCCCGCGCAGCACGCCAGCGUUCGCUCCCUCCGCCUCCUUCUCCAGCCCCACCGGCUGCCCUCCCGAAAGGUGCCGGGCCGAUUGGGGGCAGCUGAGGCGAAGCGGCUGCAGCGGCGGUAGCAGCGGCGGAGGCGGCGGCAGCGGCGGAGGCGGCGGGAGGCAGGAUGAGCGCACGCGGGGAAGGCGCCGGGCAGCCGUCCACUUCAGCCCAGGGACAACCUGCCGCCCCCGCGCCUCAGAAGAGAGGACGCGGCCGACCCAGGAAGCAGCAGCAAGAGCCAACUGGCGAGCCCUCUCCUAAGAGACCCAGGGGAAGACCCAAAGGCAGCAAAAACAAGAGUCCCUCCAAAGCUGCUCAAAAGAAAGCAGAAGCCACUGGAGAAAAACGGCCACGAGGCCGACCUAGGAAAUGGCCACAACAAGUUGUUCAGAAGAAACCUGCUCAGGGAGGACUUUUCUUCUCUCAACCAUAUGCACACUUUUGUCACAGCAACCAAGUCCCUGGAAAGGUGAGGUUUAUAGAGGAGGAGACUGAAGAGACAUCCUCACAAGAGUCUGCAGAAGAGGAUUAGGGGGCGCCCACGUUUGAUUUCUACCUCAGCAGCAGUUGGAUCUUUUGAAGGGAGAAGACACUGCAGUGACCACUUACUUUCUG